AAAAAUAAUGACGUAGCUCGUAAUAAUGAGAUAGGUAGAUAAACAAAGAUGACCAUAAAACAACAAAAUAUAAAAGCAGUCAAAAUUUAUCCGAGCAAAAAUGUCAGUGUCGAACGGUGGCUUACCUUCGGAAGAAUCCGCAACGAUUUUUUCAACACUUCCGGGCCAAUUUCCGAACCUUGUUGAAAACAAAAACCAGAAAAUAAAAACACGGGACUUUAUAGACGCCUCUUCCGGAGUUGUCACUUUAGUAGAAAAAUUCGGGAAGGUUUUCGCACCGGUGAUCUAUGAUAUGAACGGAAAUAUACGUAAAAUAACGGGAAAAUAUGAAGAAGACAAAGAUAAAAACGAGUUUAUGGAGGAUAUGAUUCUAAAACAGAAGGAAGCAGGGGAGUUGGUCGUGGUUAACGCGCUACAGUGGCUGCGAAGAGCCCUCCACUUCGUGUCGUGUUUUUUCCAAGCAAUCAUAGAAGACAGUGAUAAUAAUAACUACACACAGGACUUAUCACCGUUUGUUAAAAGCGCCUACAAGGAAACUCUGGAGAGAUAUCACGGCUGGCUAGGGACUCAACUUUUCAACAUAUUGUCGCGCUUCGCGCCAAACCGACAACAACUAUUCUAUCACCUCGGGCUUGAAAAACACAACAAAGAAGAACACGUUUUGCGCGACAUGAGGGUCUUCACGUGCCGAAUGGCGGCCUGUGUACAAAAAUUGGUAGAUUUUUAUCGAGAGCAUGAUCUAGAAACACAUGAGAGAGUGUAGUGGUACACUAGUUGUUGAAAUUGAUUUUUCCAUAUCGUGUGAAUUAUACUUACUUGUACUCGGACAAAGAGGCGAUCAAGCACUUGUAUGUACAGUGUGUUACUAUAUUGUUGACAAUAAAAUAGUAGAGUUUUUAAAA